UCCGCGGCGCCCCCGCCUGCUUCCGCCUUCCGGCCGGUCCCUAACUCUACCCUGCGCGCGUGUCCCCGGCCGGCCAUGGCUCCGCUCCGUUUCUCGGCCAACGUGUCGUGGCUGUUCCCCGAGCUCCCCGGGCUCCCCGCGCGGCUCCGGGCGGCCGGCAGCUCGGGCUUCGAGGCCGCGGAGGUGGCCUGGCCGUACGCGGAGCAGCCCGAGGCACUGGCGCGCGCGGCGCGGGAAGCGGGGCUGCGGCUGGUGCUGAUCAACACGCCCCCUGGAGACCGAGAGAAAGGGGAAAUGGGGCUGGGGGCCGUUCCCGGGAGGCAAGCGGCCUUCCGAGAGGGGCUGGAGCGGGCAGUGCUGUACGCCAAGGCUCUGGGCUGUCCCAGGAUUCACCUGAUGGCUGGCCGGGUACCCCAGGGGGCUGACCGAGCAGCAGUCAGGAGUGAAAUGGAGACGGUUUUUCUGGAGAACCUGAGGCACGCAGCUGGGGUUUUGGCCCAGGAGAGCCUCGUGGGACUGCUGGAGCCCAUCAAUACCCGCAUCACUGACCCCCGGUACUUCCUGGACACCCCCCAGCAGGCGGCAGCCAUCUUACAGAAGGUUGGAAGACCCAACCUCCAGUUACAGAUGGACCUAUUCCACUGGCAGAUCAUGGAUGGGAACCUGACAGGAAACAUACGGGAGUUCCUGCCCCUCAUUGGGCACGUGCAGGCGGCACAGGUCCCGGACCGGGGGGAGCCUGACAGCCCCGGAGAGCUGAACUUCCCCUAUCUAUUCCAACUGCUGGAGGAUGAAGGCUACAGGGGCUUUGUGGGCUGCGAGUACCGGCCUCAAGGAGACACAGUAGAGGGCUUGAGUUGGCUUCGUUCGUACUGGGAUAGGCGGGGCCGCCCGCAGGCUGGCCGGUGAGGUCCUGCCCUGCCCCCCCCCCCCCCGCCUCUGUGGGACAGGGCGCCAAGCAGCCUGCAUCGCCUCAAU